GGUGCGGCUCCCUCGUCGGCGCCCGGUACCUCUGGGUCUCUCAUUCCUCGCCGCACGCGGCGGCUUCGCUCCCCGGGAACACCCCGCGCCCGCCGCCCGUUCCCUAGCCGGGUCUGCGUGGUCGGCGCUCCGCUCCCGUCGCUCCACGCGCGCCCGUCUCGGCAACGGUCGUGGCCUCACAGCGGCCCGCGGGCCGGCCAUGGAGGCGGACGGGGCCGGCGAGCAGAUGAGACCGCUACUCACGCGGGGUCCUGAUGAAGAAGCUGUUGUGGAUCUUGGCAAAACUAGCUCAACUGUGAUCACCAAGUUUGAAAAAGAAGAACUAGAAAGUCAUCGAGCUGUGUAUGUUGGUGUUCAUGUACCAUUAGGUAAAGAGAGUCGACGUCGUCACAAGCAUCGUGGACACAAACAUCACCACCGGAGAAGAAAAGAUAAAGAAUCAGAUAAAGAAGAUGGCCGGGAAUCUCCUUCUUAUGACACACCGUCACAGAGGGUUCAGUUUAUCCUUGGCACUGAAGAUGACGAUGAGGAGCAUAUUCCCCAUGACCUUUUCACAGAAAUGGAUGAGCUCUGUUACAAAGAUGGCGAAGAAUAUGAAUGGAAGGAAACUGCCAGGUGGCUGAAAUUUGAAGAGGAUGUUGAAGAUGGUGGUGACCGAUGGAGUAAACCCUAUGUAGCAACUCUCUCUCUGCACAGUCUCUUUGAACUAAGGAGUUGCAUCUUAAAUGGAACUGUCAUGCUGGAUAUGAGAGCAAGCACUCUAGAUGAAAUAGCAGAUAUGGUAUUAGAUACCAUGAUAGCUUCUGGCCAGUUAGAUGACUCUAUAAGAGAGAAUGUCAGAGAAGCUCUCCUGAAGAGACAUCAUCAUCAGAAUGAGAAAAAAUUCACCAGUCGGAUUCCCCUGGUUCGAUCUUUUGCAGAUAUAGGCAAGAAACAUUCUGACCCUCACUUGCUUGAAAGGAAUGGGGAAGGCCUAUCAGCCUCCCGCCAUUCUUUGCGAACAGGUCUGUCUGCCUCAAACCUUUCCUUGCGUGGGGAAUCGCCUUUGUCUCUUCUUCUCAGUCAUCUUCUUCCUUCUUCAAGAGCUGGAACCCCUACAGGCUCAAGGUGUACAACCCCAGUACCCACCCCCCAGAACAGUCCUCCUUCCAGUCCUAGCUUCAGUCGGCUGGCCUCCAGAAGUUUCCAACAGAGUCGGCCUCAGGCCCCAGAACUACUCGUGUCACCUACCAGGGAUGAUAUUCCCAGAGUAGUAAUUCAUCCGCCUGAGGAAGAUCUAGACGCACUGAAAAGCCAAGAGCAGAAGAACGAGGAAAACACUGACUUCACUCCAGGAAUUUUGGCUUCUCCACAGUCUGCUCCUGGAAAUCUGGACAACAGUAAAAGUGGAGAAAUGAAAGGUAACGGAAGUGGAGGAAGCAGAGAAAAUAGUACUGUUGAUUUUAGCAAGGUUGACAUGAAUUUCAUGAGGAAAAUUCCUACAGGAGCAGAGGCAUCCAAUGUUCUGGUGGGAGAAGUGGACUUUCUGGAGAGGCCUAUCAUUGCAUUUGUGAGGCUGGCCCCUGCAGUGCUCCUCUCUGGGCUGACUGAGGUCCCUGUGCCCACUAGGUUUCUUUUUCUGUUACUGGGUCCAGCAGGGAAAGCCCCACAAUACCAUGAAAUUGGCAGAUCAAUAGCCACUCUCAUGACUGAUGAGAUUUUUCAUGAUGUAGCAUAUAAAGCAAAAGAUCGAAAUGACCUCUUAUCUGGAAUUGAUGAAUUUUUAGAUCAAGUAACUGUCCUGCCUCCAGGAGAGUGGGACCCUUCCAUACGCAUAGAGCCACCCAAAAGCGUUCCUUCUCAGGAAAAGAGAAAAAUUCCCAUGUUUCCCAAUGGAUCUGCCCCACUAUCUGCUGAACUUCCUAAGGAAGCUGCUCAUCAUGCUGGGCCUGAGCUGCAGAGGACUGGACGGCUUUUUGGUGGUUUGAUACUUGACAUCAAAAGGAAAGCACCUUUUUUCUUGAGUGACUUCAAGGAUGCAUUAAGCCUGCAGUGCCUGGCCUCGAUUCUUUUCCUAUACUGUGCGUGUAUGUCUCCUGUAAUCACUUUUGGAGGGCUGCUUGGAGAAGCUACAGAAGGCAGAAUAAGUGCAAUAGAGUCUCUUUUUGGAGCAUCAUUAACUGGGAUUGCCUAUUCAUUGUUUGCUGGGCAACCUCUAACAAUACUGGGGAGCACAGGUCCAGUCCUAGUGUUUGAAAAAAUUUUAUUUAAAUUCUGUAGAGAUUAUCACCUUUCCUAUUUAUCAUUAAGAACCAGUAUUGGUCUUUGGACUUCUUUCUUGUGCAUUGUGUUGGUUGCAACAGAUGCAAGCAGCCUUGUAUGUUACAUUACUCGGUUCACAGAAGAAGCGUUUGCGGCUCUCAUUUGUAUUAUAUUCAUCUAUGAGGCUUUGGAGAAGCUCUUUCAUUUAGGAAAAACAUAUGCAUUUAAUACUCACAAUAGCUCGGAUCUACUGACCAGCUAUGCAUGUGUAUGUGCUGAGCCUUCCAACCCUAGCAAUGAAACUGUGGAGCUGUGGAAGAGAGAGAACAUGACAGCACACAGUAUUUCCUGGAGAAACCUUACUGUUUCUGAGUGUAAAACCUACCGUGGUGUGUUCCUAGGAUCAGCUUGUAGUCCUCAUGGACCUUACACUCCAGAUGUGUUCUUCUGGUGUGUCAUCUUGUUUUUCACAACGUUUUUUCUGUCUUCAUUCCUCAAGCAGUUUAAGACCAAGCGAUAUUUUCCUACCAAGGUGCGAUCGACAAUCAGUGACUUUGCUGUAUUUAUCACAAUAGUAAUAAUGGUUGUAAUUGACUACUUUGUAGGAGUUCCAUCUCCUAAACUUAAUGUUCCUGAGAAAUUUAAGCCUACUCAUUCAGAAAGGGGCUGGAUCAUAUGCCCACUGGGAAACAACCCUUGGUGGACCUUACUGAUUGCAGCAGUUCCAGCUCUGCUUUGUACCAUUCUCAUCUUUAUGGACCAACAAAUCACAGCUGUAAUCAUCAACAGAAAGGAACACAAACUGAAGAAGGGAGCUGGCUAUCACCUUGACUUGCUCAUGGUCGGUGUCAUGUUGGGCGUCUGCUCUAUCAUGGGCCUUCCGUGGUUCGUGGCUGCAACAGUGUUGUCUAUAAGUCAUGUCAACAGCUUAAAAGUUGAAUCUGAAUGUUCUGCUCCAGGGGAACAGCCCAAAUUUUUGGGAAUUCGUGAACAGCGGGUUACGGGGCUGAUAAUUUUUGUCCUGAUGGGCCUCUCUGUGUUCAUGACUUCAAUACUAAAGUUUAUCCCAAUGCCAGUUCUGUAUGGUGUUUUCCUUUAUAUGGGAGUUUCAUCAUUAAAAGGAAUCCAGUUUUUUGACCGUAUAAAAUUAUUUGGAAUGCCUGCCAAGCACCAGCCUGACCUGAUCUACCUUCGCUAUGUACCUCUGUGGAAGGUGCACAUGUUCACAGUUGUCCAGCUGACCUGCCUCGUCCUGCUGUGGGUGAUAAAGGCCUCUGCUGCUGCAGUAGUUUUUCCCAUGAUGGUUCUUGCAUUAGUUUUUGUACGCAAGCUCAUGGACUUGUGUUUCACAAAGAGAGAACUUAGUUGGCUUGAUGAUCUUAUGCCGGAAAGCAAGAAAAAGAAAGAAGAUGACAAAAAGAAAAAAGAGAAAGCGGAAGCUGAGCGGAUGCUUCAGGAUGGUGGUGAUACUGUACACCUUCCAUUUGAAAGUGGGAGUGUCUUGCAAAUUCCAGUUAAGACCCUGAAAUAUAGUAUUGACCCUUCAGUUGUUAAUAUAUCAGAUGAAAUGGCCAAAACUGCACAGUGGAAGGCACUUUCCAUGAGUACUGAGAAUGCCAAAGUAACCAGACCUAACACGAGCUCUGAAAAGCCUUUGAGUGUGACAAUAAAUUUCGAAGAUGAGUCAUCAAAAAAGUACCUGGAUGCUGAAACUUCACUGUAGAAUCAAAUCAAGAAGAACUCUUUAGAGAUACAUGCCUAUAUCUGUAUGUAUAUAUAUA